AUGGACCAUCAUCACCAUCAUUAUCAAUUGAACCACCAUGGUACGGCGCACCAUUAUCACGCACCGCCGUACACAAGAGACUAUUUCCUGUACGAGUACUCUUCUGGUUCCGAGUCCGAUGGCACGAGCUCGCUGAACAGUGACUGUGAUUCCGGCAAUUGUGUUGGUUCUGGUCGCAAGAAGAGUUCACGGUGUCACAGGCAAAAGACACAGCAGCGCCAAGCAGCUAACUUGCGUGAAAGGCGACGCAUGCAGAGCAUCAAUGAAGCAUUCGAAGGGCUUCGGGCGCACAUACCCACAUUGCCGUAUGAGAAGCGCUUGUCCAAAGUGGAUACCCUGAAGUUGGCCAUCGGGUACAUAAACUUCCUGUCAGAGUUGACCCGUGGCACAGGGCCGACAGGAAAUGGCGUCACAUCUUUGAACGUGGCCAAACUUACGACGAUCGCAGGUCGCCUGCAUAGACCACCGGCACAGAUCAAAGAGCAACCCGUCAAGAAGUUUAUUGUCAGAGGCGCGUUUGGAACUCCAUAUUCAUUACACUCGUUGUCUUGGUCAAGGGCAAAAGAAAAUUGUCCAAAUAGCGCAGGAAUAAUGAGAGCAAAGUUAUGGAGGCCUGAAGUAGGGUCACCGCGUAAUUCUGGAUCUACUUCAACCUCAACGAGUUCGACAUCUUCAAGUAAAACCUAA